AUGGGAGGAUUUAGAGAUCUUUGGCUGCGAUGGAAAAUGCUUCGCUUUCCAUGGAGGAAGAAAUUCCUAGUUGGACAAGACCUCUACGGCAACACCUUUUGGGAAUUUAAAGAUGCUCUCAACCACAAUAGAUGGCGACGUAUUGUGCAGGGUCGACGUCGAGCCACUCUGUCCUCCCUUUCGGAUGUGCAAAUCUCACCUCAAUGGCAUCAAUGGCUGCGCCAAACCCGAAACGAUCCCCCAACCAUGCAAGAACAAGCCGCCGAUGUGCAGAGACAGGCUCAACUGAAGAUCAAUGCCCGGCUUGCUGAUGAAAGAUGGGCUGCAAAGGCAAGGUACAUUGAGCCGAAGCCAGUGGUCGACACUCCCCUGUUGUCUGGUGAUCCUCGAGCUCAAGCAGAACACCAUCCCAACCAGUCACAGCAAUCGGGAAAGAUGAGCAAUAGUAUCGAGGACAGCGUGGACCAGCGCAAAAGUCCAGGGGCUACAGCCUCAAAUCCCGGAGCAAACUGGGCCCCUGGGGUAUGGGUUCCGGGCGCUGCGAAACGAUGA